AGUAUGUGUCUCGGCGGGUGGCGUAGAUCACACACUUGAGCUGUACUGUAGUAGGGUGUGGACUUUUGAAGAGUGUGGGUUCGGACUGUCCCAGUCAAUACCAUCGGUCCAGCUGAAAGUGGCCAUAUAAACAGCGCAGACACCAGACGCUUACCCCGAGGUUACAAAGAGGCUUUCCCGUUGCACCCUUCCCUUGGCUGGAUGUUCUGGCAUCCCCGGACUCUUAUUUUCCGGAUACAGCUGCAUCAGUCGUCUCUCCCAGGACGCUCCUGGUAAGGGACGAACGACUCCGCUUGUGCGAGAAGAGAGAGAGUUUUCAGAUGGAUGACAUAUUCACGCAGUGCCGCGAAGGAAACGCGGUAGCCGUCCGCCUGUGGUUAGACAACACUGAGAAUGACCUUAACCAAGGGGAUGACCACGGGUUCAGUCCAUUGCACUGGGCGGCACGUGAGGGCCGCUCGGGGGUCGUGGACAUGCUCAUCAUGAGAGGGGCUCGCAUCAACGUCAUGAACCGCGGGGAUGACACGCCCUUGCACCUGGCUGCCAGCCACGGCCACCGCGACAUUCUGGCCAAGCUGAUCCAGUGUAAAGCAGAUACAAAUGCAGCAAAUGAGCACGGCAACACCCCUCUCCAUUACGCCUGCUUCUGGGGCCACGACCUGGUCGCUGAGGAUCUGGUCAGUAACGGUGCACAAGUGAGCAUCUCCAACAAGUACGGAGAAACUCCUCUGGACAAGGCCAAAGCGCCGCUUGCUGCAAAUCUAAGAGAGCUGGCAGAGAAACAAGGACAGAACCUGACCAAAGUUCCCUUUAAAGACACUUUCUGGAAGGGAACCACCCGAACGCGACCACGUAACGGUACGCUAAACAAACACGCUGGCAUAGAUUACAAGCAGCUCUCAAUGUUGUCCAAGGUCAACGAGAAUCAUUCUGGAGAGUUGUGGCAAGGUCGUUGGCAGGGCACAGAGAUUGUGAUUAAGAUGCUUCAUGCGCGAGAAUGGACUACAAGAAAGAGCCGUGACUUUAACGAGGAGUAUCCGAAACUGAGAAUCUUCUCUCACCCAAAUGUGUUACCCGUUUUGGGGGCGUGUCAGUCUCCUCCCGCCCCUCACCCAGUCAUAAUCACACACUGGAUGCCCUAUGGCUCUCUCUACAAUGUGCUUCAUGAGGGCACCAAUUUUGUUGUGGAUCAGACACAGGCUGUGAAGUUUGCUCUGGAUAUAGCGUGUGGAAUGGCUUUCCUGCACACGCUGGAGCCCAUGAUUCCACGGCAUUAUCUCAACAGCAAGAGCGUCAUGAUUGAUGAUGACAUGACUGCUAGGAUAAGCAUGGCAGAUGUGAAGUUCUCUUUCCAGUGUCCAGGCCGGAUGUACUCUCCAGCAUGGAUGGCACCUGAAGCCCUGCAGAAGAAGCCAGAGGAGAUCAACCGGCGUUCUGCAGACAUGUGGAGCUUCGCCGUGUUGCUCUGGGAGCUUGUCACCAGAGAGGUGCCCUUCGCUGACCUCUCCAACAUGGAGAUUGGCAUGAAGGUGGCACUAGAGGGACUGCGGCCCACUAUCCCACCAGGCAUCUCUCCCCACAUCUGCAAGCUGAUGAAGAUCUGCAUGAACGAGGAUCCUGCCAAGAGACCCAAAUUUGACAUGAUCGUACCCAUCCUAGAUAAGAUGCAAGACAAAUGAGCAGACCUGCCGGGACGUCACCAAUACCCCCCCCCCCCGAACACUGAGUUCACAGUAUUGCCUUAAAAAUUCACCACUCACCAAAGUGCUCUAAGCCACUGUAGCCCACUGCUAAAGAAAACCGCUUUAUUGAAGCACUGCUGAACGUUUUAAGCCACAUCCUCAGUAUCUCAUGUAUUGUUAAAUUGUUAUAUGCAAUCAUUGAAUAACGUCUUGUGUUUUUGCAUAUGUGUGCAUCGGCCUCAUUUCUUUUUCUCGUGUUUAUGGAACAACAUUUGCAUCUUUUAAAACCUCUUUUGUAGCCAUAAAACAGGAAGCGUGAGUAAGGUGUUGGACUCGGUGAAUUUACUGUAAAGUCAGUUUUCAACUAACCACUUCAUUUUACGCAUCUCCUGCCAUUUCUGUCAUACAUGUCACCUUGAUUUUCAUUGCGCCAGAUGUGCAUUCCUCACAGUUAAAGUAUUUAAUGGCUUUCAUCUGUGUUUCCUUCCUUAGGGGCAUUUACUAAGGAACAAAGAGAUGAUCUGUGUAUGCAAAAAAGCAUGCAACAUCAGUUGUUCAUAUUUAAAAGCAUCGUGCUAUUGUCUGUUACUUUUUUCCUCUGAUUGUCCCUCAUAAAACUCUGAUGUUUUGCCUGAGAUCUGUAUGUUUUACAUGGAUUAUAAAAUGCAGUGCAAUAAUAAUUAUAGCUAAUGCCAAUUUUAUGCCUUAUCAUGUAACAAAUCCAAACCAAAAUUGCAAGUGCCCAUUGUAACAUGUUUGCGUUAUCCCUCUCAUAGUAGGGAGAUGCAUUUAAUAAAAUCUGUUUUGUUAGAUGAUUCUAGAAGGUACCAUAAGCUAAGGGAAGAUCCCUUUACAGAUGUCACAUCAAAUGUGAGAACUCCUAUGCCGCAGGUUAACAUGCAUUAAAGAUCAUAUCGCCAAACAGCUCUUUUGUUGACCCCAUACAAUCAUCAUAUUUACUUGAUCCAUACAAAUGCAUGAUGUUCUCUUGUGCUAUGUCUUGUUUUAUUAACUAGCAAGCCUCAUGCUUGUGUUUUCUAAUUUUCAUGUAAAUGUUGAGCAUGUUAAGUGCUGAAAUACAUUUGUUAACCCAUGUUUUUUUUUGCUUUCUAAACACUACAUCUGUUUACUAUCUCACUUCUCUGUCACAGUGUUCUUCUGUCAGCUAGCCAGUAUGUAGUAGGAAGCCAUGAGAAAAGAAAUGUGUCUUUGACAUGCAUAAAUAUUAUUUUUUUCUUUUGUUUUUACCUUUUUAAAAGCCAACAGCUGUAAUAACGAAAAACAGACUGAUUAUCUAACUUAUGCUCACUUUUAUGUGAAGUUUUUAAUGAGAUAAUAUGUGGCUUUAUCUUAUUAUGGAGACUUGGGCUGUUUAUAUUUUAUUCCGUGUAACAAACGUUUACUAAAGGAAAACGAGAACAAAAUAAAAUGUUUUGGCCAUGUGGAA